UCACGACCAUAUUACCUGUAUCUUAGUUGUCUUUCAAUGGCCUCUCUUUCUCGGAAAUCUCAACUCAUAUCCUUCAACCCUUUUCUAUAUAUUCCAUUCCAAGCUCCCCAGAUAUUACAUUCAACUAAGCAUAAUCAAAUUCCCCAACAUUUUCCCAUAUUCUACUUUGUUCCUUCUUGUUUCCUUUUUAUUACAUCAACCAUGUCUGCAAUUCCUCCACCAGCUUCACAAGGCUCAUCAUCAGCUUCGGGUUUCCAUGAUUUCUUGCCUGUGAUGGCGAACAAGCUCGGAGGGGAAGGUCUGAUAGGGGAGCUGUGCAAUGGGUUCAGUCUGUUGAUGGACAGUGAAAAAGGGGUCAUUACUUUCGAUAGCUUGAAGAAAAAUUCGGCACUCUUGGGGUUACAAGACUUGACAGAUGAUGAUUUGAAAUCUAUGAUGAAAGAAGGUGAUUUCGAUGGCGAUGGUGCGCUUAACCAGAUGGAGUUUUGUGUGUUGAUGUUCAGGUUGAGCCCUGAGUUGAUGGAAGCAUCUCAGUUUUUGUUAGAGGAAGCUUUUCAACUUUAAUUCAAAGGAUUUCCAUUCAUACUUUUAGUUUAUUUUUUAAUCCUGAUUUUGUCUUUUCAAUGAAAUUGUUGAAUAUACC